UAUUGUUGAGAAUACACGAUGAGUUUAAAGAAUAAAGUUGUUAUUAUAACCGGUGCCAGCUCUGGCAUAGGAGCAGCGACUGCUGUGGCGUUUAGUGCCCAGGGUGCUAACGUGGCAAUGGUGGGUCGUAACGAGGCCAAGCUGACUAAAGUAGCCACCCAAUGCUCCAAACCUCUUGUUUUAGCUGCAGACAUGGCCAAAGAUGAUGACGUCAAACGCAUAGUGGAGCAAACUAUCAAUAAGUUUGGCAAGAUAGAUAUUUUGAUAAAUAACGCGGGAAAGACAGGACGUAGCAAGCUUCUCGAUAAUAGCAUUGACAUGAUUAAAGCAUAUGACGCAAUCAUGAACGUCAACGUCCGUGGUCUUGUAUAUAUCACCUCGCUUGCUGCUCCAUAUCUAGCUAAAACUAAAGGAAAUAUCGUUAAUAUAUCGAGCACUGUUGCAUUUUUUGCACCAGCAGAAGCUGGGGCGAUAAAUUAUUAUAUUUCUAAAGCUGCUGUUCACCAUUUUGGAGCAUGUGCUGCUGCAAAAUUAGCACCGCACGGAAUUAGAGUUAACACGGUUAGUCCGGGUCCAGUCAAGACGGAUUUAUUUGAGAAUAGUGGUAGAAAUGCAAAUUAUGAAACCUUAGCAAAACUGGUCAGCCUCGGAAGGGUAUCGGAGCCUGAAGAAAUAGCAGAUGUUAUUCUUUUCCUGGCCAGUGAUAAAGCUAAAGGAAUUACGGGAUCUGAUUUCUUGGCUGACAAUGGUAUGUUAAUAAAGCGCGGGUAAGUCUACGGCAAAGUCUCUACACACGCAAAGCGAGAAGUUAUUAUUCUACCAUUUUCAAUAUUUUCUCCAUGUUUGCCAUUUUAAGUAUUGAGAUAAAUUAAACCAUGUAAUCAAUAUAGAAUGCUGAAAUGUGAUAUAAAUUUGGUUUGCAAUCAUUAAA